CACAUAUGAAUAAAGUAAUUAAUUUAUUGUGUGACCAAUUAAGAUAAGAUGGGCCAUAGAUUAGGCCCAAGAUUAUUGGUCCAUCUUCCUAAUGGUGCUAACGGAGUCUCCCUCCACUGCAGUGUUUAUGAGGCGCAGAGAAAGGAAUAGCAAAAGAGGAAGAAUGGGUGGCUUAUCAAAAUUGUAUCUCCUCUCUUACAACUCUCUUCAGGCAAUUGGCUGGGCUGUUUCGUCAUUUCAGAUUUUGUGCAACCUCCUAUCCACUUCUUCUGUCGCCGGAGCUUACUCCUCCGCUGGAAAAUUGAUAAGUUUUCUGCAAUGUGCUGCAUUCUUGGAAGUUAUACAUGGAGCCAUUGGGCUUGUGCCAAGUGGAGCAUUGCUUCCUCUCAUGCAAUGGGGAGGGAGGACACAUUUUCUGCUUGCUAUUGUUAGCAAACUUGAUGAGGUCCAGCAGUUACCUUCAGUUUUUAUCACCUUUUUCGCAUGGAGCAUAAGCGAGGUCAUUAGAUACUCACAUUAUGCUUUUAGCUGCAUUGGAAAUUGCCCUUAUUGGAUAACCUAUCUCAGGUACACUGCGUUUAUUGUGCUGUAUCCUUUGGGAGUAGGUCCUGGUGAAAUUUGGAUCAUGUACCAGGCACUUCCAAUUGUAAAGAAGAAGAACCUCUAUUCGGAAACCUUUUCAGGCCUCCCAUUUAGCUACUAUGAUUUCCUUAAGGUUGUACUUAUCAUUUAUCCAUUCCUUUGGCUCAAACUUUAUCUGCAUUUGUUCAGGCAGCGGCGUUCAAAACUCUUUAAGCGCCAAGAUAAGAAAAGAGCGUGAGGAGCCAUUGAUCUUGAUUGUUAUUGACACCUUGUUGAACUUCUGAAUUUGUAUUAUUAGUUCCAUAUACACACAUAGUUUCGUUUCAAUCAAGCUGAGAUGAUAACUUUCUUUAAUGAGGGCACUGCAGACACUAAUUUGUAUUUGCAUAUACGAAUAUUUUUCUGACUUACUGACAUUGUAAUGAUGCUAGCUAAUGCAGUUCUUGCUUGCUAGAGAAUGUGUAGUUCUGUAAACUCUGCUGAUUUCUACCUUACGUGGAUUCAUACUGAGUUAUUGACAUAUUCAAUAAAGUAGCUUAGAAAGUUAGCUAGUUCAAA